AUGAAGACCACCACUUUUGCCGUCGCCCUCCUGGGCCUCUUCCCCGCCGUCCUGGCCGCCGAGACUCUGGCUCCCUCCCCUACCGAGUCCGUCGGUUGCGAGCCUCAUGGCGAUCACUGGCACUGCGAGGCCGCCCGCACCACUCUCGCUACCGCCAAGGCUCCCGCUACCACCGACGAGGAGGAUCACGAUGAUCAUGACCACGAGGCUGGUGAGAGCGAGGCCCUUGCUCCCUCUCCCACCGAGUCCGUCGGCUGUGAGCCCCACGGUGACCACUGGCACUGCGAGGGUCCCCGUACCGGAACUGACGUCGCUGCUGCUACCACCGAGGAGCACGACCACUCCGCUGGAGCUACCGAGUCUCUGGCCCCCUCUCCCACCGAGUCUGUCGGCUGCGAGCCCCAUGGCGACCACUGGCACUGCGAGGGUCCCGCCACCGGCGCUGCCUCUGACGCUGCCACUGGCACUCCCACCACCUCCGCCGAGGUCACCGUCACCAACGCCGCCGGCGUCCAGAUGAUCCCCGUCGUCGGCCUCUUCGCCGCGGCUGUUCUGGCUCUGUAA